AUGGACAUCAGGGGGGUGGGGCACAUCAGGGUGCGGGACAUCAGGGUGAAGGACAUCAGGGGUGGGGCACAUCAGGGGUGGGGCACAUCAGGGGGUGAGGAUCAUCAGGGGUGGGGGACAUCAGGGGUGAGGCACAUCAGGGGUGAGGGACGUCAGGGUGAGGCACAUCAGGGUGAGGGACAUCAGGGUGAGGCACAUCAGGGGGUGAAGCACAUCAGGGUGAGGGACAUCAGGGUGAGGCACAUCAGGGUGAGGCACAUCAGGGUGAGGGACAUCAGGGGUGAGGCACAUCAGGAUGAGAAACAUCAGGGGUGGGGCACAUCAGGGGUGAGGCACAUCAGGGGGGUGAGGGACAUCAGGGUGAGGCACAUCAGGAUGAGGCACAUCAAGUGUGAAGGACAUCAGGGUGAGGGACAUCAGGGUGAGGGACAUCAGGGGGUGAGGCUCAUUAGGGUGAGGCACAUCAGGGGUGAGGCACAUCAGGGUGAGGGACAUCAGGGGUGGGGCAUAUCAGGGGUGAGGGACAUCAGGGUGAGGGACAACAGGGUCUGUUCUAACUCCACCUUUGUCCACCUUCUUUCUACCUUCUUUCUGCUCCAAGAGAAUGCAGUGUGUGGGGGGGCCGGGGGGGCAGGGUGGGGGUCCGGCUCCAUCCAUCACCCGGGGGUAAUGUGGAGGUGGAGGCUGUCAGAGGAGACAGAGCCUGACAACCUGCAGACCAUUAAAGCAGGAGAUAAUGUGCGGAUGGUCCACAGACAGGAGCUGAGACGGAGAGGACCAAGGCGCCCACGAGACCAAACUGAAACCUAA